GAAGAAGGAGCCCCGUCCGGGCCGAAAAGGAGUCAGCCGGGGCCGGGAGGGACGCAGCCCGCCGCUUCCCGAAGCCGCAACACCCAAGUCCCCGCGCUGCGCCCGGCCGGCCCCACCUCGCCCUCAGCGGGCGCUGGACAGGACUGCUCCGGGGACCGAGCGACGCUCCGGCGAACGGCCCCUGCCUGCAGGCCAGCCAUGGUGAGGCGCCGGAGGCCCGGGGCGCCCACCCCUCCAGCCUGACCACGCCGCCCCGCGCGCCCUGGGCGCACGCAGCCCGAGAUGCGGGGGGCCGGGAGGAAGCGACACUCCUGGCUCCCCAGAGAGGUGUGGGUCUGGGGCUGAGGACUAGGGCCUCCCCGGCCAGCCAGCAGGGGUGGGGACCACGGGGCACCGGUCCCCGGCCAUGGAGCCCCUCAAGAACCUCUUCCUCAAGAGCCCUCUGGGGUCGUGGAACGGCGGCGGAGGAGGGGGCGGAGGAGGGGGCGGCAGCGGCGCGGGCGGAGGGGGCCGGCCCGAGGGGCCCCCGAAGCCGGCGGCCUAUGCCAACCCCGUGUGGACAGCCCUGUUUGACUAUGAGCCCAGCGGACAGGACGAGCUGGCCCUACGGAAGGGCGACCGUGUGGAGGUGCUAUCCCGGGACGCAGCCAUCUCGGGCGACGAGGGCUGGUGGGCGGGCCAGGUGGGCGGCCAGGUGGGCAUCUUCCCAUCCAACUAUGUGUCAAGGGGUGGCGGCCCGCCCCCUUGCGAGGUGGCCAGCUUCCAGGAGCUGCGGCUGGAGGAGGUGAUUGGCAUCGGCGGCUUCGGCAAGGUCUACCGCGGCAGCUGGCGGGGUGAGCUGGUGGCGGUGAAGGCGGCCCGCCAAGACCCCGACGAGGACAUCAGCGUGACGGCCGAGAGCGUCCGCCAGGAGGCUAGGCUCUUCGCCAUGCUGGCGCACCCCAACAUCAUUGCCCUCAAGGCCGUGUGCCUGGAGGAGCCCCACUUGUGCCUGGUGAUGGAAUACGCCGCCGGUGGGCCCCUCAGCCGCGCCUUGUCUGGCCGGCGCGUGCCCCCCCACGUGCUGGUCAACUGGGCUGUGCAGAUCGCCCGCGGGAUGCACUACCUACACUGCGAGGCCCUGGUGCCUGUCAUCCACCGCGACCUCAAAUCCAACAACAUUCUGCUGCUGCAGCCCAUCGAGGGUGAUGACAUGGAGCACAAGACGUUGAAGAUCACCGACUUCGGCUUGGCCCGGGAGUGGCACAAAACCACCCAGAUGAGCGCCGCGGGCACUUACGCCUGGAUGGCCCCCGAGGUUAUCAAGGCCUCCACCUUUUCCAAGGGCAGCGAUGUCUGGAGCUUCGGGGUGCUACUGUGGGAACUACUGACCGGAGAAGUGCCCUACCGUGGCAUCGACUGUCUGGCCGUGGCUUAUGGCGUGGCAGUCAAUAAACUCACCCUGCCCAUCCCAUCCACCUGCCCGGAGCCCUUUGCACAGCUCAUGGCUGACUGCUGGGCGCAGGAUCCGCACCGCAGGCCCGACUUCGCGUCCAUCUUGCAGCAGUUAGAAGCACUGGAGGCGCAGGUCCUGCGUGAGAUGCCGCGGGACUCAUUCCAUUCCAUGCAGGAAGGCUGGAAACGCGAGAUCCAGGGUCUCUUCGACGAGCUGCGGGCCAAGGAAAAGGAACUCCUGAGCCGCGAGGAGGAGCUGACGCGCGCGGCGCGCGAGCAGCGGUCCCAGGCCGAGCAGCUGCGGCGGCGCGAGCACCUGCUGGCCCAGUGGGAGCUGGAAGUGUUCGAGCGCGAGCUGACGCUGCUGCUACAGCAGGUGGACCGGGAGCGGCCGCACGUGCGCCGCCGCCGCGGCACCUUCAAGCGCAGCAAGCUCCGCGCGCGCGACGGCGGCGAGCGCAUCAGCAUGCCCCUCGACUUCAAGCAUCGCAUUACUGUGCAGGCCUCGCCCGGCCUGGACCGGAGGAAAAACGUCUUCGAGGUUGGAGCUGGGGACUCUCCCACCUUCCCCCGCUUCCGGGCCAUCCAGUUGGAGCCUGCAGAACCGGGCCAGGCUUGGGGCCGCCAGUCCCCCCGACGUCUAGAGGACUCCAGCAACGGCGAGAGGCGAGCCUGCUGGGCCUGGGGGCCCAGUUCCCCCAAGCCCGGAGAAGCCCAGAACGGGAGGAGGAGGUCACGCGUGGAUGAAGCAACGUGGUACCUGGAUUCGGACGACUCCUCUCCCUCAGGCUCUCCUUCCAUACCCCCGACACCCAACGGUAACCCCCGGCGGCCAAGCCCAGAGCCCGAGGAGCCCCGGCGGCCCAGCCCUGGCGAGCGAAGCAGCAGCUCCGCCACGCCCAAGCUCAUCCAACGCGCACUCCUGCGUGGCACCGCCCUGCUCGCCUCCCUGGGCCUGGGCCGCGACCUGCAGCCGCCCACCCCAGCUUCAGGGGGUGCGAGCCGGGAGCGCGGGGAGACCCCGCCCGCACCCCCUUCGCCAGCGCCUGCACCCAACCCCGCCACCGAACCACCUGCCUCCCCGCUCACUCACCUCUCCCCCAAAACGCCCGCCACCACACCUCUGCUGCUGGACCUGGCCAUACCUGCCGGCCAGCCCUCAGCCAAAAGCCCCCGCCGUGAGGAAACACCCAGGAGAGGCACCGUGUCACCUCCACCCGGGACGUCGCGCUCUGCCCCCGGAACGCCGGGCACACCACGCUCGCCGCCGCUGGGGCUCAUUGGCAGACCCCGCCCCUCGCCUCUCCGUAGUCGUAUCGAUCCCUGGAGCUUUGUGUCUGCGGGGCCACGGCCCUCACCUCUGCCCUCGCCACAGCCUGCGCCCCGGCGGGCACCUUGGACCUUGUUCCCGGACUCAGACCCCUUCUGGGACUCCCCGCCUGCCAACCCCUUCCAGGGGAGACCCCAAGACUGCAGGGCACAGACCAAAGACAUGGGUGCCCAGGCUCCGUGGACACCUGAGGCAGGGCCCUAACCCCCAGCUGGGCUGUCUGGAAGAGCUGUCACAUACACUGGAGGGGAGCCCCCACCCCACCUUGCCCUGGGGGUCAGGAACACUACACUGCACAGGAAGCCUUCACACUGGAGGGGGGCCUGCACCCCCACACCUGCCACCCGUCGGUCUGCCCCCCACCCCACUGUCCCGACGGACCUGCCCCACUGGGGCCUGACACUGUACCCCACUGGUUGGGACGACCAGAGCCUGUCUCAGGGAAUUGCCCCCAAGGGUGGUGCCAGGGAGAGGGGCCGGCCUCGUGGGCACCAGUUCUUUGGACCAAGUCCUGUAGCGUGGCCCUUGCCCUGGGCUCCUUCGGUGCCUUUCUGCACCCCGGCCAGGCUGGGGCCUUCACCUCGGGAUCCAAUGAAGCCAAAUAAACUUGGAAGCUGUCUCCCAAAUGCAGCCUGGUGUCCGGCCUUUGCAGAGC